GGCAAGGGUCCUAGGACUGGCUCAGCACCAACCUGGGCCUCUCAGGGGAUGUCCGCUCUCUAGGGGCGUUUCCUCACCCUUCUGCCAAUCUGGGCGCUGGGGCGGAGCCACCAGCCUGCUUUGAGCCCUGCCCAUCCCCAGCUUCCAUCCAAUCAUGGUCCCUCCCUCCGGGGGCUGGGCCGACCGGCUGCACUCCAAGCUGCUAGCUCCGGCACUAGGCUCUCAGCCAGGGACCAUGCGCUGCUGCUGCUGCUGCUACCGCUACCGCUGCCGCCGCCGCUGUCAGCGGCUGCCUGGUGCCCUGAAGCUGUUGCUCUUGCUGCCACUUGUCCUUUUACCCGCCCUUGCAGCAACCACAGAGACCCCAAACCGCUGUGACACAAUAUACCAGGGCUUUGCUGAGUGUCUCAUCCGCUUGGGGGACAGCAUGGGCCAAGGAGGCGAGCUGGAGACUGUCUGCAGGUCCUGGAAUGACUUCCAUGCCUGCGCCUCUCGGGUCCUGUCAGGCUGCCCGGAGGAGGCGGCUGCCGUGUGGGAGUCUCUGCAGCAAGAAGCUCGCCGGGCCCCACACCCAGAUAACUUGCAUACAUUGUGUGGUGGCCCAGUGCAGGUCUGGGAGCGCGGCGCAGGCCCUGAAACCAACCAAGAAACACUACGGGCUAUAGCAGCUUCACCCACUGGGGCUCCUGCGCCCCUGCUGCUGGUUGCUGUUCUGGUGCUCGCCUACCUCCUGGGACCUCUGGCCUAGCCAGUCGGGUCAAGUAGCAGCGCCCACGCCUCCAACCCUGUGCGGGCGGUAGCCCUCUGGGCUCUGCAGAGCGUGCACGGCUUUCAUUAAAGGUAUUUAUAUUUGCA